GAUGGAGUUCCUGGUUUUAACUCUGUUCUGACUGGUAACUUCUCUAUAUUCAUCCUUCAUCUAUUCAUUUCAGCUCUAACAGUCAGGACAGUAGAUUAAAGUAACUAAUAAACUAAUGAGUUAUAAGAAUAAAUGUGAGAAUAUAAAAUGAGAUUUCAGAAGCUUAUUGAACACCAGAACAGAACAGGAGACAGGAUGUAGAGUCUCGUGGCUGAAGAAGUUAAACCGGAAAACAGCAGAAACAGAAGACUUUUUAUUCCACUAAGUGUCUGUUCACAUGUUCAGUGGAGGAUGUGUGUUAGACAUGGCAGAGUUCCUGAGUGGGUUUAAUCUACUGCUGAUGAUUGGUUUACAGAGUGCUGAUGAAUCUUCUCUCUUCAUGUGGUGUUGAUCUUUCAGGUGUCAUCAGUCUGAGUCUCCUUCAGAACAUUUCAGCUGAUCUGUUAUCUGUUGAUCCUGGAGAAAACAUCACUCUGUUCUGUAACAUCACUAAUUAUUCAGAGAUAUCGUGGUAUCACAUGAACUCAUCAGGCGUGAGGCAGAUUAUAUCGACCAAACAAAGGAAACUGGACAAAAUAUUUCAAAUUGUUUAUAAUGAUGAUAAGAGUCACUUUGCUAUAACAGAAAGCAGCAGUUCAGUCAGUUUAGUGAUUAUUGGAGUUAGAGACACAGAUCUGGGAUUUUAUUACUGUGGAGGUCGAAACAAGGAACACAUUCAGUUUGGGAAAGUCAUCAGUCUGAACUUUACAGGUGGCAGCAGAAAUGAGACUCAUUCUUCAUCAGAGGAUUCAGAUUCACACCAGACUGGAGGAACUGAGAACAUCUGGAUUAUACUUAUGAUCAUAAUGUGUGUGUGCUCCAUCUCUGUCCUAAUAAUCAUCAUCUGCAUGUGUGUGUUCUGCAGCAGGGUGGAAGGAAAAUUAUCAUCAUCAUUAUCAUCAUGCUGCAGUCACGACACCAGCUCCACUGAACAGGACAGAAACCUUCAUUAUGCCAGUGUUCAGUACAAAAGAAAGACCAGAAAAUCUUCUAAGAACAACACAACAUCAGAUUUGGACAGUGUGACGUACGCAACAGUCGCCUCACAGCCACAGAGAGACUGAACAACAC